AUGUCGUCGAGUAUCGGCAAGAAAUGCUGCCCAAUGCUUUUGCUGUUGCGGUUACUUGUUCAGGUUGUCUGCUCGGCCGCUUCCUCCUUGCCGACCUUCACCUUCCAGCCGGCAGUCCUCAACGAGCUGGCCGAGGGCAAAAACGCGACGGUUUCCUUUAAAAUGGACGUGCCCGAGGCCUAUCUCAAGCCCUACGAGAAGCAGGGGCCUUGGCGGGUCGAGUUAAGCCCGAUACACGAGUCGAUCGCCAGCGUCUCGAGUGACGAGCAUCUCUUCAGCAAGAACGAUCUCAUCUACGACAACUCGACGCGGUUUUAUACUUUGCACUCAAACUUUACCGUUAACGGCAAAUUCCUCGGCAAAACCGGGAUCCGCGCUCGUUUUGUGCUCGCCAAGUGGGAUGAGUAUCCGGGAGAGGAUAUUCGAGAAAAUACGCUGGAUGUGGCCGUGAAACGGGGGGAAUCCGGCGUGCUGCUCACCAAAAUCUUCGUCAGCAGUCUUGUCGUGGUCAUCUCCAUCGCAAAUGUGCUAAUGGGAUGCGAGUUGGACAUGAACGUCGUGAAGGAGGUGCUGAAGCGCCCGGUCGGCCCCUCAAUCGGCUUCUUUACGCAAUUCCUCGUAAUGCCGCUGCUCGCCUAUGCAAUCGCGCAUACCGUCUUCACUCCGAAGGGGCUGCACUCGUUCGCGUUGGGGCUAUUCGUCACUGGGUGCUCGCCUGGCGGCGGUGCCAGCAAUUUCUGGACCCUGCUCCUCGACGGGAACGUCAACCUGUCCGUCACGAUGACCUUCCUCAGCACGCUCGGCAGUUUAGUGAUGAUGCCGCUGUGGUUGACGCUGCUCGGCCAAGACUUCCUACAGGGCUUCGGCGCCGGGGUGCGGAUGCGCGUACCGUACAGCAAGAUCAUGUCCUCGCUCUUCUCGCUGGUCGUCCCCUUGAUGAUCGGUGUUGGAAUCGCCAAGUGGAAGCCUGAGCUGGCCGCCAAGGGCAGGAAGAUGCUUCGCCCGUUCGUCAUCUUCGUGCUCGUGUUCGUCAUCGUUUUCGGCUGCAUCGCCAACACGUACAUGUGGCGCAUCAUGACACCUACGGCAUUGCUAGGCGGUCUUCUGCUUCCCUGGUGCGGCUUCAUGUGCGGUUGCUUCAUCUCGAUUGCGAUGGGGCGCUCACCGGCCGACGUGACGGCGAUCGCCGUCGAAACGGGCAUCCAGAACACUGGCAUCGCGAUUCUGAUGCUAAAGUGGUCAUUCCCCGAGCCGGACGCGGACAUCUCGGCCCUAAUCCCGGUCAUUGUGGCCUGCUUCACUCCUGGGCCGUUGAUGCUCGGCGCCGCCAUCCACACGCUGUCCAAACGUCUGAAGCGACGCUCCGAGGGCCUCUCCCUCGGCAAGGAGCUGAACGAGCUGCCGGAGAAGCCGUCGCUUGAGCCGGCCGGCGUCUCCUACAUCCCCAACCAGGACGAGAUGCACUUCAUCGACCGGGCGCACGAAGGCCAAGAAGUU